CAUCAAAAAGAAGGUAACAAGUUAUGAAAUGGAAAAAUAUUUAUUAUUAUAUACUCCGAUUUCUCUUCCUCUCAAAUAAUAAAUUAAUUGUAUUUUUUAUAUGGUGAAAAUAAGGACCAUCAAAAGACUCCGAGGCUUUCGGCUCGGAAACAGGUUCGUGAAGUUGAAAUAGAAAAUAAUUUACAAAAAAGAAAAAAAGAAAAAAAAAGUAUUUAUUUAUUCGUUUUCCUUUUUCUGGGCGGUUUUUCUUUCUCCUCCCAACCUUAUUCCUAUAACUUCUCCACCACCCCCCUCCCUCUCUCUCUCUCUUCUCUCUCUGCUUUCUUCUUCUUCCUACGAGAAAUUGAAUUGUGCCUCACCGUAUUUACAACCCCCCCACACACACACACAAAAACACAUAUAUGUGCGCGAAAGUUUAUAAAUAUAUAUGUGAAGGAAAGCAUGCAUUUUGAUUCCUGAAUGGUGGAGAAUUUAUUUGGGGGAUACAUUUCGAUCAACGAUUUCUUGGUUGGGUUAAGCAGUCAGCAUUAAUGGCGGAGGGUUUGCUGCAAUUCGAUGUGGCAUCGGUGGUGGAGGACGUUCUUCAACAGCAUGGCAAGAGGCUCAGCGACAUUGAUUUGGCCUCCCGUAAAGCAGAGGAAGCUUCAUUGAGAAGAUAUGAAGCGGCUGGAUGGUUAAGGAAGACGGUAGGAGUUGUUGCAGGAAAAGAUUUGCCAGCUCAGCCUUCCGAAGAAGAAUUUAGACUUGGUUUGCGAAGUGGUAUUAUACUCUGCAAUGUACUUAACAAGGUUCAGCCCGGUGCAGUGCCUAAAGUAAUCGAGGCCCCUUCUGAUACAGUAAAUGUUCCUGAUGGUGCUGCUCUCUCUGCGUACCAAUACUUUGAAAAUGUUAGGAAUUUUUUAGAUUCUAUUGAAGAAAUGGGGAUUCCAGCUUUUGAAGCUUCUGAUUUGGAACAGGGAGGAAAGUCUUCGAGAAUUGUAAACUGUGUGCUGGCACUGAAAUCGUACAGUGAUUGGAAACAAGGAGGUGGAAAAGGGGUUUGGAAAUUCGGUGGGAAUUCGAAGCCACCUUCAUCAGGAAAACAACAGUUUGUCAGGAAAAAUUCUGAUUUGUUUCUGAAUUCACUGUCGAGGAACUCGUCUGUUGGUGACAGGUCUCUUGAUAGUUUGUCAACUGAGCAGAGUUCAUUCGGUGAUUUUGGCCAGGAUGUUAAUGAAAUGGAUAACUCGCAUUCGUUGCAUGUAUUUGUUCGUGAACUUCUUUCUGAUAAGAAGCAAGAAGAUAUCCCCGUGAUUGUAGAGAAUAUGUUGCGUAAAGUCAUGGAAGAAUUUGAACAUAGGAUGGAAAGCCACAAUGAACCGGCUAGAACAAUUUCCAGUAUGGCCAAGCCAACUUCAAGUGAUAUGGCUAGAACAACUUCUGGUGAUAUGGCCGGAACAACUUCACGUAAUUUGGACGGAACAACUUCCGGUGAUUUGGCCGGAACAACAACUUCUGAUGGUGAUAUGGGAGUUCUGUGUUCUGACAAGAGCGGGGAGAUUGAGAGCACAAAUAUAGAAAAAGAUAAGAGUUGGUCCGAGAUACAAUCUUACAAUGAAGAAUCCAAUGGAGAUUCUUUGAAGCACAAAGAGUUGGUCGAAUACCAGCACAGAAGCAUACAGGAACUGAAGAAUACACUUCAUUCUACUAAAGAAGACAUGCAAAUGAUGCUGAUGAAAUAUGAAGAAGAAUUUAGUAAGUUAGGUACACAUAUGAAUGUUUUAGCCCACGCAGCUUCUGGAUACCGCAAGGUUCUUGAAGAGAAUCGCAAACUAUACAAUCAAGUGCAAGAUCUCAAAGGAAAUAUAAGGGUGUAUUGUCGAGUGCGUCCAUUUUUGCCUGGGCAGCCAUCUGGUUUGAGUGUUGUUGAAGCAACAGAUGAUCAGACUCUCACAAUACCUAAUCCUGGAAAAUAUGGAAAGGGAAAGAAGUCCUUCAAUUUUAACAAGGUUUUUGGUCCAUCUGCAAGCCAAGAACAAGUGUUUUCGGACACCCAGCCGCUAAUUCGUUCCGUCCUUGAUGGGUAUAAUGUCUGUAUAUUUGCUUACGGACAAACCGGGUCAGGAAAGACGUAUACAAUGACAGGACCGAAAGAGCUGACAACUGAAGGCUUAGGAGUAAAUUACAGGGCACUGGGUGAUUUAUUUCAGAUAUCGGAGCAGAGAAAAGACAGCAUUUGCUACGAGAUUUAUGUUCAGAUGAUUGAAAUCUACAACGAGCAAGUUAGAGAUCUCCUAGUCACCGAUGGUGUCAACAAAAAAUUAGAAAUUCGGAACAACUCAUCAAACGGUGUGAACGUCCCAAAUGCAAACCUGGUACCUGUAACUUCAACAACAGAGGUGAUCCAUUUGAUGACACUUGGUCACAAAAACCGUACAGUUGGUUCAACGGCAAUGAACGAUAGAAGUAGUCGUUCUCACAGUUGCCUGACAGUUCAUGUACAAGGAAGAGAUUUGACUUCUGGGUCAACGCUCCGUGGCUGUAUGCAUCUUGUUGACCUUGCUGGUAGUGAAAGGGCUGAUAAAUCUGAAGCCAUUGGUGAUAGAUUGAAGGAGGCUCAACAUAUUAAUCGCUCUCUCUCUGCUUUAGGAGAUGUUAUUUCCUCUCUUGCACAAAAGCAGUCGCACGUCCCUUACAGAAACAGUAAGCUUACGCAAUUGCUUCAAGAUUCCCUAGGAGGGCAAGCAAAGACACUAAUGUUUGUACACAUCAGCCCUGAGCCUGAUGCUCUUGGAGAAACAAUUAGUACUCUUAAAUUUGCUGAACGUGUUUCCACCAUUGAGCUUGGUGCUGCUCGAACAAAUAAGGACACUUCUGAUGUCAAAGAACUUAAAGAGCAGAUAGCUAGUCUUAAAGCAGCGUUGUCGCGAAGAGAUUCAGGCAGUCAGCAGUCUAGGUCUAUAAGCCCAGACAGAGGAAUAGUUAGAUCUUUCGGUUCUUCUCCAUCAGAUUCAUCUUUCGGAGAUGGCAUCAAGGCAGAGGGAAGAAGUAACUCUUCGGCAACAUCAAGAAUGGCAAGCUUUGAUACACAAGACUUGAUGGAUUCUCCUGCAUGGUCGACUGAAGAAGAAAAAUCAGUAUCAGGUGAUUGGGUUGAUAAGGUAAUGGUGAAGAAGCAGAACGGGGGUGGUUUGAGCAGCGGUGAAGAGAAAUGGGAUGAACAAGAAGGUGGUGGUAGAAACAUGUUCUAUAACAAGUAUAAUCUUGAUACUUCCAAAGUAUACCCAGAACAACAAAAAUCUUUGAAGAAACAAAAUUCAGGUCAGAGACGACACAGCCUAGAUAAUGGUUUGGCUCGGGCUCAACAACAACAAAACUAUGACACCACCACCACACCUACUACCGAUGAUUCAGAUGAUUUCGAAGCUGAAACUAGUGAUUCUUCUGAGCUCGAUUACCAGUGGCAACUCAAUGUUACUAAAUCCAAUUCCACGCCUACUACUAAUAAUGGAGUUGCAUCCAAACUUAGGAAACCUAAUCCUAAGCAGACUAAGACCCCCGAUAUUAGCAGUAGGAGCCUAAUUCCACAACCUCCAAGUAGGAGAAUUUCGAAUGGGAACACAGCAUUGCAUAAACAACAUGGAAGGCAAGUAGCUUCUGCUGAUGGGAAACGAAAACCGGCUGGUGGCAAGUGAGACCAUUAAUUAGUCUUUGCUUUCAUUUAUAUACACAACCAGAGUGAGUAAAUUGGUGCCGUAAGAUUUUGCUGUAAUUUUGA